CUGUUGUGAACGGAUAUUAAAGCAGAAGUUUUAUCAUCAACAUCAUCAAUAAUAUGAUAUUUUUGAUGAUUAUAUUAAUUAAUUAAAUAUAUCAUUAAAUUAUAUAUUGAACAAAAUAUUUAAACAAUAUUUCAUAACGAAAGUGUGUUUACUAUAGAAUGUAAUAUCUGUCACACGGUUAAACACGUGAAACAGGAGUAAAUUAAGUUUUGUCAGUUUUGUUUACUUCCAAUUGUUUAAAGAUGUCAAGAGGAGGAACAAGAUUAGACACUAAAAAAGUGAAUUCAGAAUUAUUUACACUAACGUAUGGUGCUCUUGUUGCUCAAUUAUUAAAGGAUUAUGAAAACGUUGAAGAUGUUAAUAAGCAGCUGGAGAGAAUGGGAUACAAUAUGGGAAUAAGAUUAAUAGAAGACUUUUUAGCACGUACAGGUUCUGGUCGGUGUUAUGACUUUAGGGACACAGCGGAAAAAAUCCAAAGCGCCUUUAAAAUAUAUCUUGGUGUAACACCUACUAUUACGAAUUGGAAUGCUGCUGGAGAUGAAUUUUCCCUAUGUUUUGAAUCUAAUCCUCUCACGGAAUUCGUUGAACUUCCAGACAAUUGUUUGCACUUAAAAUACUGUAAUUUAUUAACUGGAGUGUUACGCGGUGCUUGUGAAAUGGUUCAGAUGGAAAUUGCUGCGUGGUUCGUUCAAGAUCAGUUGAAAAACGAUAACAUUACUGAGGUACGAAUCAAAUUUGUAAAAAGACUAGAAGAUGCUAUUCCUGCUGGCGAAGAUUGAAUCUGUGAAUUCGUAGUUGAAGGGGGACAAAUUUAAUACAAUGUGUCGUGCUUAUUCCAUUAUGUUUAGUAAAAUAAUGUUUAAUAUGUUCUACAGUGUUGCCUUUCUGUAAUCAGUAGUUGCAAUAAAUAUUUAUUACCGAAUAAAGUAAUAUAAAAAUUGUACUAAUAUGGGGGUGCAAUAUUUGUUAAUCGAUCCACUUUAAAGGUGUCUAAAAAUAUACCCUUCUUAACAAUACUUUCAAUAUUGUAAAUUUUUUUAAAAAUUAUAAUGAAUAAAUAAAAAUACUAUUAUGUCGUAA